GCUUCUCUCCAGGCCAGGUGUAUUUUCCUUUUCCUUAUUUCAUUUGUGUCAUUGAAUACAUCAUUUCAACUGAAAUCGAAAACGCCGAGACCACGCUUCGUUUUACAAUUUGAUAAUUUGAAACGCUUUGAAUUAGAGUCUUUUACAAAUAUGAUAUGACUUGUGAAGAAUGAGCGAUCAGAUCCCGUCCCUUCCCGCGGCUCUCCUGGCUGGAGGCGUGACAGGAACCAUUGUAGACUCCACCCUCCAUCCCAUCGACACCAUCAAAACCAGACUACAGUCCCCCGGUGGCUUGUGGAAGGCCGGUGGCUUUCGAGGUUCUUUCGCCGGUAUCUUGCCCGUUCUCUUGGUCACGGCUCCCAAUUCUGCCAUAUUCUUUGGCUGCUAUGAGACUGCGAAAGCACUUGGUGAUGCCCAUCUCCCGGCCAAGUAUGAGCCAUGGAUUAUGAUGUCCGGUGCAACGGCCGGGGAAGUGACUUCCCUGUUGAUACGGGUUCCUGCAGAGGUUGUCAAGCAACGUGCGCAGGCGUCCAGGAUACCCAGCCUGGCCAUCCUGAGUGAUAUCCUCAAGCAAGACGGUUACAGAGGCCUUUACAGAGGAUUCGCCAGUACUGUCUUGAGGGACGCACCAUACGCCUUUGUGCAGUAUCCUCUAUGGGAACUCUGCAAGAGGAUAUGGGCAAGGCAACAGGGAUAUCCAGUGACGGUGUGGCAGUCGAGUAUAUGUGGUGCAAUAGCGGGUGGGAUUGCAGGAAUCAUCACCACACCCUGUGAUGUGGUUAAGACGCGUGUCAUGCUUGGAGGUCAAGGGUCGAAGGGUCACAUUGAUCGUAUUCCAGACAUCUUUAGGACCCUGCUCAAGGAGAAGGGUGUGAGGGGGCUGUUUUAUGGAGUUGUGCCUCGAUUCAUUUGGAUGUCCGUUGGCGGUGCCUACUUCCUGGGACUGUACGAAUUGUUCAAAAUUGAAUUCAUGCAAUAUAAGGGAUGGAAGAAUAACAAUCAAUCAUGAAAUUAGAGAAAUGACCCAAUUGUUUAAUAUUGUGAGUUGAUUUUGUUGUUUAAACCUACAUGUAUGUCAACUCCAUCAUAGGAUGUAUUUGUAAUGAUUUAUAUUUUUACAUUCCUGACUGACACAACAAUCAUGUUCAUUCUUAUGCUCCAAAAUCUAAUUUCCUACCAGGUACCCAUUUUCUGUACCUCAUCUGGGUCGAGUGUGGCAAAUGUAGAUUAAUGUCUUGCAAAACGACUUUAGUGCUGCAGCGGUACUCGAACCACAGACCUUGUGAUCCACAGUCCGGUGACAUAUCCACUCAACCACAAAACCGCUUAUACAUGUAUAUCAGAUUAUCAAUAGCUAAAGGGACUACCAACUCUACAUACAUUUUAUUAUUUAUAUCUACUCUAGUACAAUUUUGAAAAUAUCCUAAUAAGUUCAUAAUCUUUAAAAAAAACCUUUGGAUAUCAUACCAGCCAGUGAUAUUAGAACGAAAUGGUAAGGAUUUGGUAGAUUUCUUCGUUACCUAUUAAUUCUAAUGUCACACAAUAUCUUACAGAGUUUUCUGAAUGGGCUAUUUUUACAAACAUAUAUUUUUUCAAUGAGUGUAAUUUUCUGAUUUUCAAUGUACUAUCCUUUUCCAAGGUAGAUAAAUCAUUCUCUCUACUUACUAUAAAAACCUGGCAGAUUUGUCACUAAAGUUUCACGUGUCAACAUAAUUGGAUCAAUAUAUGACUCACAACUUACACCACACUAGGCUUUUGUGAUUCAUGGAAGUUUUCAUGAAAUGGCUGCACUUCAAAAUUUGUGAUCCUUUCAAGUUUCUAGUUAUACAGUAUUCUCUCUUUCCCCCUGUUUGUAGUGAACUGUAUCAAUUGUUCCAUGCAAAACAUAUUCCAUUCAUGUUUGGAAGGGAAGUGGAACUUGCCAAAGGUACCUCUGAUAAUGCAGCUGGAUGUAUAUAUAUAUAUAGCUCUAGAUUAUAAACUUAAAAUUCAUUCCUUUGAAAUGUGGUUCUCGUUUCCUGAAAACAUUGUAAGUCGAAGUACCCAACAUCCGCAAAAAUCGUUUUGACUAGAUUACAUCAUUAAUCAUUAAGACUUGCCUUUAUACAGACUACUGUACAGCCCUCUGUGCUAUAACAUUGACAUUGUUGCCCUUUUAUGUUUUUUGGAUAUUUCUUUUUUCUUUGAGAGGAAACCCCAUAUGUAUACAUGUAGGUUUAGGCUAGAUCAAAGAGAAGGUUGAGUUCUGGGGA